CACUACUCCAGUAAACAAAUACCCGACGCGGAGACUUCCUCUUGGAAUCUGUAGAUUUCUGCAAACUGUCUGAAAAUAACGUUUAAAUAAGAAAUUACACUUUGAGUUUGUUGGUCAUUUUUCUGGAUUUUAAACGUCUUACUGCAGCGAGCGUUAAAACAUGUCCGGACCAAAUGGAGAUCCAAACAUUUCCAUUGACGAUGGUAUUGUCAACGAUGAAGAUGAAUUCGAAGACGAAGAGUAUGAGGCCAUCAACUCCAUGCUUGAUCAGAUUAACUCCUAUCUCGAUGACCUGGAAGAUCGGAAUGAUUCACUUAAUGGCAAACUGCACGAACUAAUGGAGUCAAACAAGCAAGCCAGGCUGGAGUUCAGGGCCCAACUUAUCGGCUCCGAGAACCAGGAGGAGCAACGUCCUGCAGACGGGGAUUCCUCCUCAAGCAGCAAGGAAGACCAGAAUAAAGGCGAUGGGGAUUGCAAAUGAGAGAUGAGGGGGGCUGAGUACAUCAAAAUACAGGGAUGGAAAUAUUUAGUUGGCUCAACUCCUUACCUCCGUCUGUUGGACUAAUGACCCUUGAUCUGCAUAGUUCAUGCCUAUCCGAUUCUUCCUCUCCAUUGGCAGGUGUAACAUUUUCCUUCUCCUCUGUUUCCCCCCCCCUUUGUUGAACUGUUGUGUGCUGAUGUUUAGUUCCUGUGCAAAUUGAAGUUUAUUGACCUCUAGCAGCGUGUUAUACAAGUUGCACACCGUAUUAACCUGGGACUAUUACAGUGAAAUCAAAGUUGCAUGUGUUGAUCGUUAUCUGUGACCCUUGGUCCAAGUGGGAUGUUAAAAGGACAAAUUCUAAAGCCAGGAUAAAAAUCUGACAUUUUUUUUAAAAAGCUGAUUCAGUGUAAUUUAACAAUGACAGUGACCAGUAUAACAUUCCUCCAGAGUCAACCCUGAUCUUAAGAAUUUGUCUUCAUGGUCAAAUAGGGUCAGAGUUGAACUUCUUCGUAGUGUGCUGAUCCACUUGGUGUUGAGGUUCAGCUUUGUAAUAGCUCUAGUCUCUGUUCAUGUUUGAGUCAUCCCAAAAAGUAAAUAUGCAACACAACAGAUGUCUACCAGUGUAUUAAGUUUAAUCUGCAGCAUGACUGUAAAUCUAUCUAUCAAUCUGCUGUCCUGUUGAUUUGUAUUAACCUGCUAAGAUUAAGUGAGCUGAUACGUGUUUGAACAAGUUAAUUAAUAGCCAUAAAGUCAAAAUAAAGUCAGGCAAGUGUGGGAGUUGUCAGACAUUUUAAUUUAAAUGAAAAUGAUCCCCCCCCAAAGAACUGAAAACAAAAAAUCCCAAAAUACAUACAACUUCCAGCAGUUAGAAAACAACACCUGUUUGUUCAUCUCAAGUAAGUCAGUAGCUGAAUAAAAAUACAAUAAGAAACAUA